AUGGAUCCUAUCUCCCCAGCAAGUGAUACGACCAAAAGCCACACCAAUUCCGAAGAUUCUGUCUCUGAAGAAGGCCAUGGAACUCCUCCCCCAACCGACACUGUACUAGCCAAGAACUUCCAAAGUGUUCCCCCCCUGUCUGCUCCAUCAGUUCGCCCCCCUUCCUUCCAAGAGUUUGCUCUCAAAGCCAAUGAACCAAGCUCGUCUGCCCCACUGAUCCCUGCUGAGCCCAUACUCGACACUGAAAUCCAACAAAUCACUGCCGAAGAAUUUAAUCGAAACAUGAUGGCGGCCGAGCAAGCUACACGUGGCCUCCGCAACCUCAAACUUCCCAGGAGCCUGAAGGAGCAAGUUGAAUCACUUGAGAAGUCUCUUGUUCGUACCAAGAGAACUUGGGAAGAAACUGGCGAAAUUCCUGAUGAUGAAGCAAUCAAGAUCCACCAAGGCGCGACAGCAGCCCCUUCUUCAUCAACACCCAAUUUCAAAAAAAACCCUCCACGCAAAAGAGGUAAACGCAAUCCGGCCACCAAACCAGCUGACUUACUCAAUCAGCACCCAAAUCCACCGCCGAAUCCUCCCGCUGAGACUACACCCAAUCAAACUACAGCUCAAUCGGUGCCCAACUCCCAAACAGCCCCAACUUUGCCCACCCCUGUCUCAAACCAAGCAAACCCUCCGUCGGACACAGCUGAGAAAAACAAUCGACCCAGCACUCCCUCGGACAACCUUGGAGCAGACUCCGCCACAAACUCAACUCAUCAUCAACCGUCAAUGCCACCACCCAAUUUACCAUCUGGGCAUGUCCAAAACCAAGCCAAAGAUCCAACCCCCAUCUCCAGCUCUCAAGUUACUACUCAACAACAGCAAACCCAGAUCCCCAACCCCCCGCCGGGCCCUACAACCUCUCUUCCAUCCGGCAACUCUCAACAGCCCUCUGCUUCCGAAAACCCACCCAACAGUCAAGCCAAUUCAAGCCAGCCACAACCAACUCCCACCGAGUCUCCUCAGCUUCCCAACCCGCCCCAAGAUCAACUAUCCACCCCUCGUACAACACUAAUAUUACCAGAUCAAGUCAACUGA